AGCUGUGGGCAUCGCACUGCAUCUCAAACAAAGAGCAGUAGACUCCAGCACGAGAAGAUGGCGCAGGGAGGCGGAGGCGGGAGGAGGAAAAUUGCCGCGGUGGCUUCCUUCCUUGCGCAUACUUUGUGAUGAUCAGGACAGGCGCCGCAGCCCUUGAAGCGGCCACUGGCAUACCCACGGCCAGCCGCCUACGGGCCGGGCUGUGGCGCGGGCGGUAGCUACGGCGGGCACGGACGGCGGCGCAACGUCGGGCCGGUCGUUGGGCGAGUGAUUCGGCAGCCGCAAAUUUCAAAAACGGCGCGAAUCGAAAGAAAGCGCGGAGCAAGCGACGGGGUACGCCGACAGCCCAGCAAGGUGCAAACAUCGAGCAGCCCAGCAAGCGACGGGGGCGAGCUGCCCAGCAAGGUACAAAUAUGGACAGGGCUGCCGACCCUCCUCGCCCCGCCAGCCUGAUGCGGCCCGUUCUGCCAUGGGCCCCCCGCGUGGCCCGCUUGGGGUGUGGGGCUCUGCCUCGGGCCGCGCCUGCAUGCCUGUAGGCGUGUGGCCUUUGGUUGCGUUGUGGCUGGCGCAACAUGGCGCCCCCUCCGGCGUCGGCCGCCGCCCUUCGUGUUCCGCCGCUUCGCCGGCCUUUUUGGCCGCCCGCCGCGGUUACAGGGGCCGCGUGCCCGAGGGCGAUUUGGGCCCAGUAAGUGCGCUCGCGUCUCCGCCCGACGCCGAUCGCACGGCCCUGAUUCUGCCGCAGCGAGCUAGUGUGCGUGGCGCGCCGUCUACCUGGUGUAGCUAG